AUACACUGCUUUAAUAGUUAUUGUGAGCCACCCAAAUCACUUUUGGUCAAUGGGUUUUAUUAUAUACAUUACAUGAAUAAAUUCAAGUUUUUCCCUACUCCUACAAGACUCUUAGGUUAACUGGGUUUUAAAAUGGGUUGUUACAAGUUCAAAGUUAUCAGAUCGGUUAGCAAUUAUAGCCAAAUGGAGCCUCUGGAUGUCCGGGACCUGCCAGCAGCAGAGGGAAGAAUAGCUCAAUGGCCAUAGACCAAAUAGAGUGGCUUGAGAUAAACAUGGCUUUCUACAGCUGUAACAUACUUCUUGCAGUAGCCAGAUCCAGGGGCCCUCAUCUCCUUGUGCACUCCAGCUGCUCUCCGUCAGCAGCAUUUCUCCAGCUGGUGGAUUCCCACCUUAACCGAACAUACUUGAAGGACUUUGAGAGCCAGCAGCUAUUCUGCAAUGCGCAGCAGGGCACUGGGUUGCAUCACUUGCUCAUGCAGCCGAUGCGGUUGCUCCACCUGUCGGCUUGCCAGCAUCAAGAGGUUCCGGACAAACCUCAGCCGAACCAAAGUGCUGUGAAAGCAGACACCAACCUGGCGAAAGUUGCAGUGGACCAAGCCACGGAAGCUCCCAAGAGAUCAUUGCGCCAGAAGAUUGUCGAUGAACUGAAACACUAUUACAAUGGAUUCCAUUUGCUUUGGAUCGACACCAAAGUAGCUGCUAGGAUGGUGUGGAGACUCUUACAUGGGCAAGUCCUCACUAGGAGAGAAAGGCGAAGGCUGAUGAGAACAUCGGCAGACCUCUUCCGGCUGGUUCCCUUCUUGGUGUUCAUCAUCGUGCCCUUCAUGGAAUUCCUGUUACCUGUAUUUCUCAAACUGUUCCCUGAGAUGCUGCCUUCAACCUUUGAAACAGAAUCUAAAAAGGAGGAAAAGCAAAGGAAGAAACUGAGUGCAAAACUGGAACUAGCCAAAUUCUUGCAAGAGACCAUUGCAGAACUGGCCCGAAGAAACAAAGCCAGCACCGGGGAUGCCACAAAGCGAUUCUCUUCCUAUGUUCAACAGGUUCGGCAUAGUGGCCAGCAGCCCAGCACCCAGGAGAUAGUGCAGUUUUCCAAGCUCUUUGAAGACGAGCUGACCCUGGAGCACUUGGAGCGGCCCCAGCUCGUCGUCCUCUGCAAGCUGCUGGAACUGCAGCCCAUCGGCACAAACAAUCUCCUGCGCUUCCAGCUGCUGAUGAAGCUCAGGUCCAUCAAAGCCGAUGACGAAAUGAUUGCCAAGGAAGGUGUUAACGGCUUGAGCGUCUCUGAGCUGCAGAGUGCGUGCAGGGCAAGAGGAAUGAGGUCCCUGGGCCUUUCGGAAGAACAGCUGAAAGAGCAGCUCCAUCAGUGGCUGGAUCUGCACCUGAAAGAAAACGUCCCGCCUUCCCUCCUGCUGCUUUCCCGUGCCUUGUACUUGACGGAGGUGAAGCCCAAACCGAUUCCAGUGGCUCCAUCUGAGCCUCUGAAGAGUGAGGAUGCUGAAAUAGAGGAAGACCCUGAGACCUUGCUGGAUCCUGCCCCCAAAGUGCAGGAGAGGAAGGGUGAAGAAUUUAUACUGCAGCCAUCAGAGAAAUUACCAGUUCCGGAGGUAUCAGUCAAGCCUCCUGCAGGAGAGACAAAAAUAGAAGCUUCCCGCAGCACUAAAGCCAGUGCGAACGGUAUCUGACUCUUCUUCCAAGGAGGACAGGGGUGCUGUGGACGAAAGACUCUGUGUCUCAUCUAGCAGCACAUGGGCGGUUUCUGUAAGGCAGCUCCUUCGUACGCACAGCCCCCCGUCCCAUCAGCCCCGUUGCCCUGAUCUGGCUGAUUUCGCUUGCAUCUAGGCCAGGCAAAAAAGCACUGUCCAUGUCAUGCCAGCCUCUUCGUUUAUCCUACCUAAUGUAAUUAACUUAUUUAUGUAAAUAUGUACAUAAUCUACAAACAGGACAAGCAACAUUGUUGAACAUUCAGAUUUGUAUUUCCUAAACUUUUAGUAAAGCAGUGAAUUAGUAUUAGUUUUAUCUUAUUUUUACAAAAGAGAUUGGAUCACUGCAGAGGGCGCAUUGUAGGAUUUUAGGCAGUGGACGCUUUCUUGGACCUGGAAUGGACCGAUUUCUGUGUUUCCUUGGAAGUAACUUCUGGAUUGAUGGACUCCCACCUGGAGGUCGCGGGGAGGUCGCAGCCACCGUGGGGAGAGCAGCUUGAUCAGGAGCUGUCGCAGCAUACUGGAAGCCCCUCCUGCAUGCCUGCGGAGCGCCGUCCCGUUUUCCAUGCAGUGCUGCUAGAAUCUGCUCUCUUGCCUUGGCUGCUCUAACUGGGAAAAGGCGGCAACUUUCCACGGCUUUUCACACAUUGCCCAAGGGGCCAGCGUGGCAACAGUGCCGCAGGACCUGGCCAUAAGUCCACUUAAAUGGGAAGUGAAAUUGAACUUAGUGCAUGGACCUGCGGCAGGUGGCUUGCAUUCCCCAAAUCAGGAAGAGCUUGGAGGCUUCCCUGUGGGGCUGCAGUGCCAAGGCGUGUUGGCCACUUCGGGGUCCAGCCAGCAUUAAGUGAAGGUUCAAGCCACAGGGUUUCAAAGGCCCAUUCGGGGUGUUUUUUCCUGGCAUAAUGAACAGCAAGCCUCUAGCUAAGCACUGGCAAGCCUGGGGCUUGUGCCCAAAAAGGGGACCCAAAAAUGUGCAAACAGCAACUAUUUUGAUAGCUUUUGCUUUGCCCUGAAAUCUUAGCCUUUUAGGUGUACAAAAGGAGAUAAAGAACAAAAGAUUUUGCCUCUUUUGCUGAUCCCCCUACUCCAAAACAAAAAACCCACGUCUCUCUGGGCAUACUGUCUGUCUUUUUUCUUUAUAUUUAAGGAAGUCCUGGCUAUAUAGGCUGAGGGCAGCUAAUUGGCCCGUAAGUGCCCAAGCUUCCCUUCUGGAUCAGUGGCUGCAGCCUCCACUCUGCAGAGCUUGGGGGUAUGGCAGGAGGCCGGUCCUUGGGUUAGAAAACGGGCAGCUGGCGUGCUGCAAAUCGUCCGUUCAGACUUUCUAGCGGAAGCGUCUCCCUGCAGGGCCUUCUUUGGACCAGGCCCGCCCAAUAAACGGCGUUGCCGCUCCA